GGGCAGAGGAUGCGACAGCUCUGAAGGCGGCACAGAGCAAGCUUUGCGCUUGGGCGCCGACAAAGCUUCAAGAGGACCAACAGUUUCAGGCGAUCCUGGGGAAGAUCACUACCCAUGCCGACGGGCUUUUUGGUAGUCGAGAAGAAGGGCCUUUGAUGGGCGAGCGCGCUGCCAAGAGCUAUGACGCGACGGUCCCAACUGCCCCGCCAGAGAUUGAUCAGGCCUUCAUGCUGCGCUACUUUCAUGCCAAGCAGUUCAACAGUGGCAUCCCUUUGCCAUCAUGCUGCGCAACUUUGACGGAGUGGGCAUCCCGCGUGACAUGCUUGAAAGAGAAGAUCCCUAGUGACUCAGAAGAUAUGACCCGCCUCGCAGAGCUGGCCAGGUUUUGCUCAGACUGCGUUGAAGCCUGUGAAAAGAGUUUCAUAGGAUCAGCAGACAAAAGCGAUGCUGUUUGUCUAGCAGCUGCAAACGCAGCAGAGGCUGUGAUGAGCAUGGUGCACCGGUUGCAGUCCAUCGUCAAUGCCAAGAUGGUCUUUGUCAUUGCCGAGAAGAAGGGGAAUGUCAGCCAAGAUGUCAAAAGCCGUUUGCCCAAGGUUCUGCAGUCCAUGGCCCACAUCUUGGAGAUCGAUUGGGCAUCUGAGCACAAAGCGCUUGAGGACCCGAUCCAUAAAUCUGAUCCUGCGUUUUUCCACUCAAAGCUCGAGAUGUUCGACGCGGCCCUUGCAGCAACGGACGCGACUUUGUUGAAAGACGAUGCCUUUUCAACAACUUCCAAGACCUGCAAGGAGUAUUGCAACAAGUAUGUGCAGCUCUGUGCAGCAGCAGUGGAUCAGGCCUACACAACAUGUGUUGAGCCGCUCAAAGCUUUUGCUGAGAAGUACCAAGAGGUUGAGCCGUGUGCCAAGGAAGUGAAGUUCGACAGUGUGAAAUAUCUCGUCAAGGACCAGUCUGAGGGAGAGCUGAAGGCCGACAUCGAUGCCCUCAGAGCGGACCGCAAAAGUGCCAUGGAACUUGUGGAGCGGCUGUCCCCUUUAGCCAAGCGUACCGAUGCCUCACAUGAAUCUCCUAUGUUGCGAGGCCUCGGAAGGCAUAUCGAGAAGCAAAUGAAAGAACUUCAGGAGUUCUUGACAAAUGCUGCCCGGAUCUGCACUACUCUGAUCUUCUCCGACCUGAUGCACGUCCCAAAGUGUGACGACAAAGAGCUUGACAGGAUUGAAAAGCACACCCAAAAGCAUUUCGGCAUGGGAAAGAGUUCCAUGCCACCGAAGCUUGUCGAUGCCUUGAACAAGCUUGCGGCUUCCUGGGCAGAGA